AUGAACAAUAGUACGAAUAAUAUAUUUUUUUCACAUUUACUUAAAUCAGCAACAUGUGAAGAUUGGGAAAAACUAUUAUAUUAUCUAAAUGCAUCAUAUUCUGAAUCUGUAAAUAUGACGCGUGAUGCUUAUAUGGCAAAAUAUCAAAUGCCACAAUGUGUACCAAAACCAUAUCUAGGUGUACAAGGUAUUAAGAAAUGGGUAACAACAAUAAUAUUAAUUUCUUUUCUAAUAUGUGGUCUUAUUGGAAAUAUGUUAUCAGCAACAAUUAUGUUUCGACGUUCACGUCGUGGUCUUUCAUCUUAUUUUUAUUUAGCAUUAUUAGCUAUUGCAGACAUAUGUGUACUCUAUUCUGGUGGUCUUUUAGCUGUGUUUGACAUUGGAUUUGGUUAUCAUCCAGAAUCAAAUACAACAAUAAAUUGUCGUUUAGGUUUUUAUAUAAGACAUUUAUUUACAUAUUUAUCAGCUUGGCUUAUUGUUGCUGUUACAUUUGAACGUUUUAUAGUUGUACGUUUUCCAUUUCAAUCAAUUCAUAUAUGUCGCAUGCAUGUUGCAUAUGGUGUAACAUUAGUUAUCUUUAUAUUUUUUUCACUUUUUUCAGCACAUUGUUUUUUUACAAUGGAUGUUACACGUAAAAGUUUACAAACACAAGAUGGUUAUCAUCCUAAUUUUACUGUUUGUGAACUUACUAUACAUGAACGUUUAUUUGGUUUUAUUGAUUUAUGUUUUUAUAGUGUUAUACCAUCAAUAUUAAUUAUUAUUUUUAAUACAUUAAUUAUAUCAACAAUGUUUUAUGCUAUAAAACAACGAAGAACUUAUUUACAAGCAAGUAGUUGUUUACCAACAACGGAUACAAGUCAAAGAAAUCAUAAUCUAAAAAAUAAAAGUUCAUCUUCAAUUCGUACACCAUUUUUUCGUAGUCGAUCAGGAGAAUCAACACCUGCUACUCGUUCAUUUAUUCCUCAUGGUCGAUUAUAUCAUAAUGGAUUAAAUAAAAAUGGUUUUCAACGAAAAUCUCAACGAGUUUUAUUUGAUUCAACAAGUGCAACAGGAAUACGUUUAACAUGUUCAUUAUUAGUUAUAUCUUUUGUAUUUGUUCUUUGUACAGUACCUAUAUCAAUACGUUCCCUAAUAACUGAUCUUUUUCCUGAAUAUGACUCAACAGCAUAUUGGCAGCUAACACGAGUUAUUUUAACUUCAUUAAUGUAUUUAAAUCAUGCAGUUAAUUUUGUGCUUUAUUGUUUAACUGGCCGAGCAUUUCGACGUGAAUGUCGAAAACUUCUGAGUGAUUUAUGGGGACUAAAAGAUAUUCGUAUAUCAUGUAUUAUAAAUUCAAAUAGAGAUAAACAUAAUCAUUAUCAUCAACAAAUGAAUCUUUCUAAUCGAAAUCGUAUGAUCAUUCCAGAAAAACAACAACAACAACAACGUAUGAAAAGAUCAUGUUUGUAA